UGAUAGUUCAAUGCGUAGCAAAGCACAAGUGUCUCUGCCAUGUGGCGUCUUCUGAUUGGUCUUCUUGGAUUGCGUCAAUGAAGGAAACUCAGCAGGUUUCAUCCCGAACACAUCUUAGAUGUGCAGAAUAGCCUCGGGAACUGUGGCGGCACUUGCGUUGCUUGGACUUGUGGCAGUGCUUACUGGUUGCUCAAGGCAGAGGAGGGCCAAUUUGGAGCCAUCACCAAGCGCUCUGCUCCUUUGGAGACUGGGCAAGUGGCAUUUCCGGAGACACGAGGAUAGCUCUGCUUUGCUGGCAUACCACCAGGCAAAGCAGGUGCAGGAACAGGCUAUGACAGUCGGUUCAUGCCUCACUCCUCAGUUGCUUGCUGACAUCGGGUCAGCCAUGGACUCCAACACAUCUAGUCCUGUGGCACUCAGCCAGAAGCUUGAAGUGUAUGAGGAACUGGCUUUUGUCAUGGAGUCCUUUGUUUGGGAGGACCACUUUCUUCAACUCUCUGAUCAAACUGAGAUGCUGAAAGAGAUUGGCCUCGCCGCGCACGGUCUGCAGGCUGUGGAGCUGGAGAUGGCCACCUGGAAGGUUGCCCUGCGGCUGUGCCUUACCACUCGAUGUGAGCAAACCAUCCGACACGCUGAGCUUCUUCUUCGGAUCGGCGUGUCUCUUUCCAAGCAGCCGAGUCAGGACAUGGAGAAAGUUCUGGAUGUCUACGAAGAGGCCGAAGAGAUCUUCGUUACACUUGACAAGAAAGCACAUCCAUUGUAUGCGAUCCUUGUGCACAAUGUGGGUGCGACAGCUGGGCAGCGCGGAGACCGAAAAGGUGAGAAAGAAUCAUUUGAGAAGGCUCUCGACAUUUACAGGAACACCAGCAAGAACUACACAGAGACCUACACCAGCUUAUUGUCCGAAAAGCAGCAAUGCAUAUCAGCAUGCUUUGUUGUCGGGAAAUGCGGUAGGUACGAAGUAGCACUGGCCAGAGAAGAGAUGGGGGAUUUGGAUGGAAGCCUUGAAGCUUUUCAAGAGGCAGAGCGAGCUUUCUUGCACAAUGAACACAUCAGUGAGAAAUUGCGACUCACACAUGUGGUUGUUAUUGGGGACAUGCGUCGCAACAGUGGUGAUAUAGCCGGAGCCCAGCAUGCCUACGAGAUUGCACAGAAGGUGCACCAACGGAGUGGAACGCUCAACACGCCGCAGGGACGGCUUGUACAAAAGAAUCUUAAGGACAUCAGAAGUACCCUCCAACAACUUCCGCAAAAGCAGCGCGCUUUGUUGGAGAGGGAAUUAGAAGUACAUCGUCGACCUGGACAGCCAGAAACCGCAGAAGAGGUGCAGGAUGGCCUGUACCUGCAGAGUGCUGGCAGGUAGCUAUGAGCUGGAUCGUCGCCCACAGCCUUUUGCUGCACGAGCUGGACAUCAUAUUUGCGCCGAACAGCCUAGGACCGAUCGGAGCACCCUCAUGAUCUUGAGCUCGCCGACGUGACCAGGGAAAAGAGAAGCAAAUGGGUG